AUGACGUACUUCGACUUAUGUGUGCGUCUUCACAAGCAUGCAUCUGAAGGCAAUUGGGAAAAAGCUAAGCCCAUAUUAGACCAAAAUAGAACACUUCUGAGUACUGCCAUAGCCGAAGGAUGGGCAACAGUACUUCAUGUAGCAGCAGGAGCAGGCCAUUUGCACUUUGUGAAGGAGCUUGCGAACAUGAUGAGUCAGAACAACAUAGACUUGGAUCUCCAAGACGAAAUGGGAAACACUGCCUUCACCUUUGCUACUAUUGCAGGAAACCUGGAUAUUAUUGACUUUAUGUUAGAAAAGAAUCCAUACUUACCAAAAAUAAGAAGUCGAAAAGGUUUCACUCGUAUUCUUUUUGCUGCAUUACAAGGAAGAGCUGAUUUGACAGACCAUCUAUACUCUUCCACUGUUGAUGAAAGUUUUGAUGAAGGAGAGUGGAAGAAGUUAUUCCUCACUUGCAUCGAAUCUGGUAUUUAUGGUUUAGCAUUGGAAAUGUUGAGAAAAAAGCCUGCACUAGCAUUUGCAACGGAUGAAGAUGAUGUGACAGGUUUACAUUACAUGGCUCAGACAGCAGACUGGGGAAGUUAUAGUCCAGAAUAA